CCCCACCACCCACCUCUCUCUCUCUCUCUCUCUCUCUCUCUCAAAAAUCCAGAAACCCAUCUUCUUCUCUCUCUAAAGAAACUCCGAUCUCCAUCGACUACCCAUCCCGUUUGACUACGCCUACAUCGAUCUUAGCCUAGCCUGCAACGGACUCGCCAUCACCCGCAACCGUGUGCCUGCGAUGUUUCAUCCGCAACCGCCUCGCCACCGCUUGCAACCACGUCACCAUCACCCGCAACUACCUCGCCAUCGCCAUGUGCUACACUCAACUCUCUCAGCCUCAUCUAUGUCGGCGCUUUGAUAACACCACAACACUUGCGGCUGGAGAGGAGGCGACUCGUCGUAUGAUGGCGAAAGAGGAAACAAAACCAGAUAUGUGAAGAGGUUGUCAUUCGAUGGAGAGAAACGAGCAUGCACCGCCCUUACUUCCGCCGGCCUUGCCUACGUUGUCUUCCCACCACCACUGUCGUCAAUCGCUCGCGGAUAGAAUGUGUGUAGGAAAAAUGAGAAGUUUUUGCCAGAUCUAUAUUAUUAUUUGAUUGGUAGUGAUUUUGGGUUAGUAGUGAUGGAGUAGUAUUUUUUAUAUGUAUUAGUAGUCAUUGUUAUUGUAAUCAGCGGUGGAGCAGUGAUAUUUGUAAAGUUAGUAGUGUUUUGUAUAUUAGUAGUAAUAUUUAUUCUUUGUGGUACUUAUUUCUAUUAUAGUAUUGUUGUUUCAAAAAAUCGUCAACUUCUGCUAAUUAAAAAACGCUACUAAAAACAAUAAUAAUCACUAGUGACUACUAUAAAAUCACUACAACAUCCAAGCUAAAUCACUACUAAUUUAACUUUUUUUAGUUUUCGGUAGUAUCUUUUUCAUGUUAAAUUCUUUGUGAGGGAGGAGAGGGAUAAUUAAAAUUUAAUUUAUUUAUUAAAUUUAACUUUUUAAAAAUAUCAAAUAAGCCCUUUGUUGGCUCUUCGCCGUAUAAUUUAACUUAAAAAUAAUGAGAGGUCAGAAGGUCAAUUUACAGAAGUCCACCGUCUCCUUCAGUGCCAAUGUUUCCACAACAGAAGCUCAAGCGAUAAUAUCCACUCUACGUGUUUCCCCAAGUGGUGAUUAGGAGGUAUAUCUUGGCCUCCCAAUCCGGAUAUCUCGGUCAAAACAAGAGCCAUUGCAUUACAUUGACGACAACCUGUUGCAGAAGAUUCAACGUUGGAAAUCCCAACCCAUGUCAUUAGCAGGGAAGGCAACGGUUCUGAUGUCUGUUGGAUUUUCCUCCCCUAACUAUGCUAUUUCCAUUUUUCGCAUCCCUUCCACCUUUUGUCGCAUGCUUAACGGGCAUUUAGCUCGACUCUGGUGGGCAUCUCAGGACAAAGAGAAUGGGAUGAAAUGAGCCUCAUGGCAUGAGCUCUGUCGGCCAAAAUCCGUCGUGGACUUUGACAACAAAACAUUGCCUUGUUAGCCAAACAGAAGUGGCGAAUUAUUCAAUGCCUGGAUGGACUCCUUGCCUCCAACUACCAAGGAACGUAUUUUCCUCAAUCCUCCUUUUUACUUGCCCCUUAGGGCUCUCGACCCUCAUGGGCUCGACAGAGUAUUCUUGUGGGUAGAAAUCUCCUUCAAUCCGGCCUCUGCUGGCAAAUAGGCUCGGGUACUUCUAUGAGGAUCAUUGAUGAUACUUGGCUGCCAACCUCCCCUCCGUCCCGGCUAGCCCUUCUGCAUGGCGCGUCCUUACCUGGGCCACAUGUUUCUUCCUUGAUUGAUCAUGGAUCUGGCAGUUGGAAGGUAUCUCUCCUAGUCUCUCUAUUUGAUGGGGAUACCGUCAAGAUUAUUAGAUCUAUUCCCCUGCCCAUUAUCUCCGUUUCUGACCGUUUAGUAUGGCAUUAUGAGAAAUCAGGUGAGUAUUCGGUAAGUCAGGUUAUAGAGUAGCCUCAGCUGAUUUUAUUCAUAAUCCCUCAACCAUUCCCCCUAUAUUUGAUGCACCUGCUUGGAAAAAGUUAUGGUCCGUCAAUGUUCCCCCUAAGCUUCGUUUAUUCCUAUGGCGUGUCAUCAAAGGUUAUCUUCCUUUAUGCAACGUUCUCAAAGAAAAGGAACUAAUUGAUGAUGAGGAUUUGGAGGGUGUGAAGUGCCCGGUUUGUUCGGAGGGUCCCGAGACAAUGGUCCACUUGUUUAUGCAUUGCAGGGUGGCUGAUGGCUUGAUAUAUACACAUGUUUUGUUCACCAUUCUUACACCGUUUGAGUCUUAUUUCUCGUGUUUUAGGCUGAUUUCAUGCUAGGUUGUUCUUGUUUGUGAUAUUCCAGGUCCUAGUACGUGAAUGAAGGUUUUGGAACGAGUUCGGGGUCGAUUGGAUGAAGAUUAGACGUUUGGCGAGAAGUUGAGGAAGCCACACGGGCACGCCUAAAAAUCCACACGGCCGUGUGACCUGGGCGUGUCGCACCAAAUUUCACGGGCAAGCCAAACUGGCCGUGUAGGGGACCCCUUGUGGCCGUGUGGAAAGUCCAGGGAGCUCACACGGGAAGCCUGGAAAUCCACACGGCCGUGUGGUUUUGGCCGUGUAGCGUACCUGAAGCCACUUAAGUGAAACACGGCAUUUUGCACACUCACACGGGCAGCUGGGAAAGCCACACGGCCGUGUGGCCUGGCCGUGGUCGAGAAUUUCUGGGUUUCAAUCCAAUUUCGAGCCAAAGGAGAGGGAAUCAACUUUUUGGAGCAAAAACAGAGUUUUAGAGAGAGAAAGUGCGAAGAACAAACCCUAUGAGCUAUUUGGAGUGGAUUUCUCACCAUUGAAGCCCAGAUUGCAUCCCAAGGAGUGAAGAUUGACAUCCCAGAGCAGAUUCUUCCCAUUGUUGUGAGUAUGACUGCUUUGUAUUCUGUUUCCCUCUCUCUCUCUCUAUGGAGUAGAACUUUCUAUCACUUGGGUAUGAAGAACCCUAGUUCCAUGUGUUAGGAAUCUUGAUUGUAAUUACGUUUGGAUUGUGAUAUUGCUUGAUUAUAAUCGAUUGAAGUGUUUUGAUUGAGUCAAUUGAAGUUUGAUUAUCUUUUAUUGAUUUCUGCUGCAACCUGAGAUAGAUAGAAUCUGAUUAGGUUGUUAGAGCUUCUUCAAUCGGUAGUAGUGAAUCGAUUAUACGAGAUUUAGUCGAUUCACUGCUUUGUACUAGAAUCUAAUUCCAGUAGUGGAGUUCUGUGUUCAUUGCCUCAGCGUUCUAUCCCGAUGAAGACUAGUCGUCUACCGGGUAGUUUGACUGAGAGGGCUUGGUCAGCUUAAGAGAUUCCAAGCUACUGUCGGAUCUUCCGCAGUAUAAUCAGCAGUAAAGCAACCAAAAGUAAUUACAACUGUGACCUAACUAAGGAGUUAGGGGGACUCAUUCCUGAGUGACUCUUCCUUUGCUUUAGAAAACCGAACCAUUUCCUGCUUUCUUACUGCUUUUACUUAAAUCAACAAUCACUCAACUUAGUUUGCUAGAUAACAGAUAUACACGGAGUAGGCAGUAGAUCUAGACCCCGGGUUGACAAUUAGAGCUUGCCUGUUACUGAACUUUCGGACUGCGAUUACACUUGGUCGCAGUUUGGUGUUGUGUAUUAGCGAGUCAAGUUUUUGGCGCAGUUGCCGGGGACCUCUAGGUUAUUGUAGAAACGUGAAAGUAUGUUACUUUAGCAUUUACUUUUAUGGGACUCUUUUCCACCCUUGCUUUUCACCUGGGUAUUUUGUUUUUGUUGGUGCAGAUUUGAUACAUGGAUUCUCAAGGCUUCUCCAACCAUUGGGGGUCCACCACCACCCGAGUGGUAUUACCCCAAGGCUUCCUGGAGCACCCAAAGAGGAGAAGACUAUGGAACCGGGUUUACCAACCCCCCUACUACGAAGAACAAUCAGACCCUUGGAUAUUUCAAGAACACUCUCAUUAUCAAGAAGAAUUCCUCCCACAACUAGAAGGGCCAUCAGAUCUUGAUUUAGCCACAGCCUUCACGGGCCACUCUGAAGAGCCAUGCUACACUUCACUGGAAGAUCCGAACAAACAAUUAAGGCUUCUCGUGGAGCAGUUUGCUCGAGACACUGAGAGAUCAUGCUCCACGAUGGAUCUUGAAAUCCAAGCCCUUGCCCCUUCCGAUCCCUCAUUUCUCCACGAAAUGGAGGAGACUGUUCAGUGCUCAGCGAAGCAAACAUAGUGGGUGGAGCAAGUUUUCUCACAUCCUGGUCAAGAUCACCUUUCUGCUACCACGCUAGAAGAGGUGGAGGAUGACAAAGGCUACGGGGACGUUUAGGAGCAUACAUAAGUUAUCAUAGAGAACUCCCAUGAUAAUCAUGAUAAGGAAAGUCCUCUGGUUGCAGAUCACACCUUUCCUCAUUUAUCCUCUAACAUGAUGCGCCCGUGCGAGGAGAUGCAAGAUGAUCCCAUUGAAGAAAUUGCUUGGCGACUUGGUCUCCAAUCUGUUCUAGAAGAAGAAGAGCGAGCAAGGAUGAGGAAGGAAGUUGUAGAGGAUGAGGAAGAAAGCAAAGAAGAGGUAGUUCUUGAUCUUGUCCAAGGGGAGAGACCACAUUUUGAAGAAGGAAGGGGGGUUAAAGAAGCAAGUGGUGUCCAGGAUGAGGAUCAAGUUGAGGUGGAAGAGGCAUGCACCGGCCAUGAGUUACAUGUGAUAUCUCCACCAAAAUUCAAGGAGCUGCUUGGCAAGGACCCAUUUGCAGUGUCUCUUUGCCAGACCAAGACCACAUCAACAUCGAUCCCUCUUGGUGGAUGCGAAGGUGGUCAAUCGAAUAUAUCUUAUCUGGUUUGGGGCAAUGAGACAAGAGCAGACGCAAAGGAGAGGUCUCGAGAGUGGAGACUUCAUCUUCCUCAAGGCCACGAGCCAUCUUCAUCACCUAUCACAUCACAUGCUUGUGACUUGAGACUCCACCUCAUUAAUGAGAACCGCAACUUCAAGGAGGUUCUGGGGUGGAUCGAAACUUAGGAGCCACCGUCCCGCUCACGACGGUAAAGAAGCGCUUGUGGGGAGGCAACCCCACCAAGGUUUGUUUUUCUUUCGUUUGUUUUUUGGUUUGUCCACUUGGAACUAUGGUUUUUAUCACCCAGUGUGUUUUGAUGACUCUAGCCUUGCUGACUGGUCCCAUUUCCAGUCCCCCGGCAGUUUUUCCAUCCGGUAACAUCGUUCCCCUUCUCUUUCCCUCUGCUCCAUUGAGGGCAAUGUCAUGCUUAAGUGUGGGGGAGGGGUGCUUUGUAUUGGUUGGAAUCUAUAUAUGUGUGCUUGGAGCCUAGUCCGCUGUCCAAAUCUCGAGAUUUGAGGGCUCCAAGUAUUUUUGUUUGCAUGAUCAUAUUGGCACUGUGAUUUGAGUGGUGAAUCGAAUGGCUUUCGAAUUGUUGCAUGACAGCUUGAUUGUAACUAGGACAACCUAUGGUGAUGACUGAGACGUGCAGUAAAAUUGUGUAGGAGUUCAGAUUUUCAGCUAUUUGCUUACCAACUGUGACUUGGAUUGAUCACUUGUUCUUGACAGUCGUUUAUGCAUCAAGUUCAGAGAAUCAGAAUGAGAGAUAGGGCAAGUAGGUAGCCAUGUGAGAUUUGAGCUUGCUCGUUUCUUUCUUGUGCGAUAGUUACCUCUUCCAUGAUGUGUAGCAUUCAUGUUGUCACUAGCUAAGAUGAUGGAGGCAUAGGAUUAGCCCACGACCAAAUUGACUGUCCUGGUGUGUCAUACCCCCUAGUCAACCCCUUUGAGCCGUGUACUUUUCUUUCUUUCGGUCUACAAUGGAAAAUCACCCUUUUGCAUCUCUUAGAAGGUUCCACAGAGUGGUUUUUGCAUGUUCUCUUAUGUUUCUGCUAAAUAUAAUGUGAGGGUUGGAGGUAAUGCUUAAAAAUUGGGCAUGUGUUUGAGAAAUGUGCAGAGGUGGUGGUUCUCUCAAGAAAUGGAAAAAAUGAAGAAGAAAAAAAAGAAAACAAAAUGAAUGAAAGCAAAAGAGAACUACCACCAAAAAUCUGAAUAGUGCCCAUUAAGUAGUGUUUCUUAGCAGCUGAUAACGAUGUAAUUGCACAUGUUUGCGCCCCUAGUUCUUAUCCGUUUGAGGGGCAUAGUCGUUUGUUUUGGCCUAUUUUACGCCGGGUUGUGCUAUUUUGUCAUGUUUCAGGUCCCAGGUGUCAAAGGGAAGGCUAAGCGCGAGUUUCGGGGCAUUCGGAGGUCAUUUCGUCAAGCUGGAGCCAAAACACGGGCACACCUAAGGCAUUACACGGCCGUGUUCCUGUGGCCGUGCUUUUUAUGCCGAGAGCAAAUUCGAUUUGGCAAAUUCAGCUGCAAACACGGGCACCAAAGCACGGCCGUGUUCCACCAAAGCACGGCCGUGUCCACCGCGAAGCACGGCCGUGUUUCCCCCCAACUGCUGGCCGUGUAAUUAACCUUGGCCGAGACACGGGCGGACUCAGGCAAAGCACGGCCGUGUCCUCGACCGUGCUUUGGCCACUGAUGCUUUUAAGCAGAUUUUCAGCCAUAAGUCAAGGGGAUUCGAGUUUUUGAGAGAUAGAACGAUUCCUAGAGAGAGAAAGUGACGAACAAGAGUCUCCAAGUGCCCUAGAUUGAUCUUCAACACCAUUGGAGGCCAGCUUGAGCUUGGAGAAGUGCCGAUCAACGUACAGAAGCAGGAAUCCAUCCUUCACAGUAUGAAUUCCGCGUCUGAUUCUGCUUUUGCUUUCUUCUCCAUGGAGUAGUUCUUCCAUUCAUCUGGGUAAGGAGAACCCUAGAUUUGUAUGUUAGGUUUGAUUGUAUGAACCCAAGUACUGAUUCUAUGAUUGAUUAUAUUCGAUUGAGGUUUUAAUGAUUGAAUGACUUGAAUCCUGAUCAAAUUCCUGUUGUUUCUGCUUUAACCUAGAAUGAGAAUAUCUGCCUAGGUUAAUAGAGUAUCCUUGAUUGA